AUGCACAAUCGCAUGCUGGAGAUAAGGCUCUUCCAUCAGUAUAUGACCUCGACCUGCCAGACCUUGUCCCAGGACGGGCUCUCUGCGUAUCAUAUGUCUAUCACCAUACCCCGGAUGGCUACCUCUUACCCCUAUCUACUAGACUGCAUCCUCGCAUUGUCUGCGUUGCACCUGGCCACUAUCGAAGAGGAUAACCGCCUCCUAUGGUUGGAUGCCGCUGUGCGCUAUCAAAGCUCAGCAUGCUCUGGAAUGAGCAAAAUACUCCCAGAUAUCUCACCUCAACAUUACGAACCGGCGUUCGUGUGCUCUGUCCUCAUUUUUCUAUUCGCGACAGGGUUUCCUGGAAUGUCGCCAAACAGCAACCGUCCCAGUGACCCGCUUAGUGAGGUUCUUGAAGGGCGUAGUCUUAUCGCGGGCUCUGCCAUGCUCUUCACGCGGUUCUAUGAGAUUGGUGUGCACGCAGAACUAAAUGGCUGGCUUUGUCCUCCCGACACGGAAGAGAAUCUAGCACAUAAAGAGGAGAACAGGAGCAUUAUGAGGUCACUCGAGAAUGUCCGAAUCAUAAUUGAGGCGAACCAGUCCCCCCAAAAGGAGCUUUAUAAAGACAUGUGGCAGCUUUUGCAUCAUGCCGUCCAACCAUGGCCCAAACUCGGUCCACAAGGAGGAGUGUUUGCAUGGCCCUUUUUUGUCCCAGAAGAAUGUAUUUCGCUGCUGCAAGGUGGCGACUGGGUUGCCCGUAUAAUAUUCCUGCAUUAUAGUGUGUCCAUGCGUCUGAUGUGUCACCGAUGGUAUGUUCGUGACCGGGGACGCAGGAUGGUUCUUGCGACAUUGGAGCCAUUGAAAGAGAUUCCCCCUGAAUGGACGGAGACUAUUUCGUGGAUGAAAGAGGCGCUUGGAAUUGAUACAUAG